GCUGCAGAUCAAAACAAUCACAGAGACUGAGUGACAGCGACUGAGGCGCCGCAGCUUCCGAACAGCACCCACUCAGCUCCCACUCAGCACCCACUCAGCACCCACUCAGCACCCACUCAGCUCCCACUCAGCACCCACUCAGCUCCCACUCAGCACCCACACAGCACCCACCCAGCACCCGGAGAAGCCGCACUCUCCCAGCAGGAUGAAAACCUCCUACGUUGAGGCCCAGAAGCUGCAGCCCACGGACUUCGAGGUCCAGUACUUUGACCAGUACGAAUAUUACAACCUGACCGACCGUUACGCACUGCCCGCAGCUGCCAGGAAAGGCCGGACCAAGAAGGAGGCUGAAGCCAACACCAACAGGGAGAGCCCAGGUGGCCAUGAGAGGAAGAUCGCUGGCAAACUGCAGCGCAGCGAGGGCAAGAAGAAGGGCAAAGCUGGCAAGGUGUGAGGCACAGGAUAAACCUCCGGAUGGCACCAAGACGCACGGACCGAUGGCAACGAGACCGACCAAGAGAACUCGUACCGGAUCAUAGGGGGGAGACAGAAGCUCCGCCCCUCACAGGCAGAGACCACCCCCGAGCAAGGAGGAGAGAAGGGCAGAGUACUGUGACUCUAGUGUGGGAGCAGCAGAGCAGACGCCUCCUUUAACCUCUUCAUGGCUGUAGCUAGAAAGGCUGGGAAGCGGUGGGGCAGCUAUUAACCCUUUCAGGGCUGGCAUGAGAACCGCCUGGGUAUGAAAUAAACAGAAUGUUUUGCUAAA